CAUUUCACCGAGCUAAACAGUCUUCUCCUCCUCCGUUAUCCAAAACCUCCGCCGUCCUCCGAACUCCGAAGGCUUCUGACCAGAGGGCGAAGGCAGACAAUGGCAACGGGGACCACCGCAGCUCAGGCGCCGGCGCGGCAGCUGUCGCAGAAGGAGGCGGACAUUCAGAUGAUGUUGGCGGCCGAGGUCCACCUCGGCACUAAGAACUGCGACUUCCAGAUGGAGCGCUACGUCUUCAAGCGCCGCAACGACGGAAUCUACAUUAUCAAUCUUGGUAAGACGUGGGAGAAACUUCAGUUGGCUGCAAGGGUCAUUGUUGCCAUCGAGAACCCUCAGGAUAUUAUCGUCCAAUCUGCGAGACCUUAUGGUCAGAGGGCCGUUCUAAAGUUUGCUCAGUACACUGGGGCCCAUGCCAUCGCGGGGAGGCAUACUCCCGGAACGUUUACUAACCAGCUCCAGACAUCAUUUAGCGAGCCUCGUCUCCUUAUCCUCACUGACCCGAGAACUGAUCACCAGCCAAUUAAAGAAGCUGCACUGGGAAACAUCCCCACUAUUGCGUUCUGUGAUACUGACUCGCCCAUGAGAUAUGUGGAUAUUGGUGUCCCUGCCAAUAACAAGGGAAAGCACAGCAUUGGCUGCCUCUUCUGGAUCCUGGCAAGGAUGGUUUUGCAGAUGCGUGGGACCAUCCCGCCUGGCCAUAAGUGGGAUGUUAUGGUGGACUUGUUUUUCUAUAGGGAGCCCGAGGAAGCCAAGCAACAAGAAGAAGAAGAAGCUGCUGUACCUGCUGUUGAUUAUGGUGUCACAGAUUAUAAUGCUGAGCAAUGGACUUCCCAAAUCACUGAUGCCCAGUGGGGUGGUGAGGUGGCUGCACCUCCUGCAGCUGCAAUCCCAGCCGCUGGCUGGACUGAAGCACCAGUGGCAGGUCCUGUGGCUGCCGUUGGUUGGGAAGUGGCAGCUCCUCCUCCUGGUGCGGUGGCCGUGCCUCCUGCUCCCGCUAAUGAUGCGGGAUGGGAGUAAAAUCUUUUUAGGGCUAACAUUCCGGGAUCCGUCUUUCUUGUUUCGCGCAGCAGAGCAAUUAGUCACGUAGGAGAUGGAUGAGCUUUUCUUUGAAAUUUGUUAUCUUGAAUUUAUUUCUCUUUUUGUAACUUGGAUUUUGCACUUGUUACAACUCUUUCGUGGAAUACUGUGAUCUGAUGACGGGAUCAAUCUCUAGUAUUUAUAAAUUUUGGCAAGACGUGUAAUUCCUCGGUUUUAAAUC